UUCUCACUUUAAGAGUUGGGUUUUCCAUUUUCGACUAAAGUCAGCCCUCUGAAAACACAGAGCACUCCUGAGGAUAAGGACCAAGAGCUAGAAAAGACGACCCUCCAGUUUGGGAAACUCCUUUCCCUCCAGACAAAAUGCCAACAAUCCAGAAGACGCUGAUGUUUGCCAUGGGCUUCGUGACCAGCCUGGCUUCCUUUGCGACUGUGUGUGCUGUUCUGGGUCUCCCAGAGUGGGUCACAGGGAAGAUCGAAUUCAGAGACAGCAGUUUCACCAAUGGGACUAUUCUUGUCACGUAUGGAUUGUUCCGUGGCAUGAGUACCCAAGAACUGAAUUCAGGGCUAGCAGAAUCAGACCUAGUCUUUGAAGUUUUAAAGAUAUUGCCAAACUCUUCUCGGAAAAGUCUCCACUCGGUGGUCAUCGUCCUGUUGUUCCUCAGUUUGUUCACGUCGCUGCUGAGUUCUGGGUUGACAUUCUUCAACAGCAUCAGUAAUCCCUACCAGACGUGGCUCGGCCCCACCAGCAUUUUUGUUUGGAACGGACUAAAUAUGGCCUUUGUCCUUGUGGCCAUGAUCCUGUUUGUCGUGAACACGCAGGCCAACGGCCUUUCUGUAGCACUGAGCUCACUACUUUACUCGUCGCAAGGAAACAUAUACGGCAGCACGACUCACAUAUAUGGAUACGUGUUCUGGCUCAUGAUCCCCAUCCUGCUCUUCAACAGCAUCACCAUCCUCCUCAUCACUGUCUACCAGAAUUUGAGGUACCACAGGAAGCAGGAGCAUCGGAAGCCCAUGGAAAACGCACCAAAAGAUGGGAUUCUGUUCUGAGACUUGUUGUUGCCCCUGCUGUUCCCACACAUCCAUCGGUGACCCUGUUUGCUCGGCAGAACUGAAAAUCGAAGCCCGGGUCUCCAAAUCAAGUCAAGUCAGCAUCAUUUACUAACCUGCACCUCAUGGAAUUCCCGGCUCAUUCCCAGGCCAGCCAAGGUCUUCCUUGCUCCCCUCUCCUUUUUGCGAUUGCUUUGUAGGACUUCGUAUAUACCAAGCGCCUGUGUUAUCUCCUUCUAGAACGUAAGCUCUUUGAGAGCAGACACGCUUGGUUUGGGGUUUUCUCCUGCUCCAGAGCCCAGCACAAGGCUUGCCUGCUGGAACUGAAUUCUUGUUACUUUGUGAAAUUUUUCAAAUUUCACCCCACUGUGUCCUCUGCACAUAACUGCUUUUGGCUCACACUUGCCUCCUGAUGGAAAUUUUCUUACGCUCAAGACUUCCAUCUCACUAAGGUGCUUUUGAUCAUUGUCCAGUAAUUGCUUGUAUUUAUGAGCCUCUGGACCCUUUUUGGAGUCAGACCACUAUGAGGAUCAAAUGAGAUAACCUAAGUAAUAUGCUUUACAAUCUUAAAGUAAUAUAUAAAUGCUAACUAGAGUUGUUGUCACUGUCAUUAUUGAUUAUAAAUAGGCUCCUCUCACCCUGCCCCAGACAUGAACUCACAACUUCAGGAGGGAACAUAGGCUAUUUUACAAAUGGAGACCCACACGGGGGCAUCUAGGUGGCACAGUGGAUAAAGCACUGGCCCUGGAUUCAGGAGGACCUGAGCUCAAAUCUGGCCUCACACACUUGACACUUACUGGCUGUGUGACUUUGGGCAAGUCACUUAACCCUCAUUGCCCUGCAAAAAAACCCCAAAAAACAAAACAAAACAAAUGGAGACCCACAAAGCCUGAUGAUUGGGGGAGGGUGUAUCUGCACAAAAAUCACAUUUUAUUAAAUGCUUUGGAUUAACAACUCAGAGAACAUCUAACUCCCAGUAACAAAAAGGGGCAAAUGAGUGGAUUGUAGAAUAAUUUUUGUACUCAAUGACAAAGAGGCCAUAUUUCCCAGGGUCCUAACUCAAGGUUAUCCCUCAGGAUAAAGACUGCCCUGACGCCGCCUUCAAUUUUGCUUAUAAAAGUGUGUCUUGGGGGUGGAGCAGGCCCAGAAGGACACUGCUGGACUGAGAGGUUUGCACUAGCUAUGAGCAGAAGGGCCCAAAUCAAGCCCAGAGCAGGGAAAUGAUCUCUUUAUCUAAAGAUGGUUGGAGGCCGACUUUUGGUUAGAAAGAAAAACCAUGGAGAUGAUUAAAAUGCUCAUGGAUGAAGUGAGAAAACCCAGACACUUUCAAAACCACCUCUGCAUCACCAUUCCCCUGCCUUUCCACAGAUAGACUCUUUGGGGGCUGCAGUGUAGACUCAGCUGUGGUCAGUGACAGAACCUCAGCACCUCAGACCUGAGAAAAGCCUCAGAUGGAGGUCGUUUGGUCUGACCCAGAGUUGAGCAGAGAUUCCUUCUACGAUAUCUCUAACAAAUGCCGCCCCCCCCCGCCUGAGUGAGGGGGGCUCACAACCUCCCAAGAGCCCCUCCUUCUUUGGGGUUGCCUCUAAUAAUAUGCAGGCCACGUGGUCUGGGGUCUGGGGCUUCCAGGGAGUUCCCAGGCCAUCCUCCAAUCUCAUUUUAAAGAGAAAGGAACCGAGGCCCACAGAGGGGAAGGGGCUUGAGUCACUUGUGCAAAAACACUGAGGGUGGGCUACAUUCCACACCAUGCUUGCAGCCUUGAGUGUAGCAUGUUUGUGGGACCUAAAGACUGAACAUUCACCAAGAAAACACAGGACACACAGGGGAUGGAAGGUCAUUUCAGGGCACAGAGACAGACGGACACACAGCCAGAAGGAAGACAGAUGGAAGUAGGCAGAUAUGAUAGAGAGACAGACAUAGAUGGGGAGAGAUGGAAUGAAUGCAUAGUUAGAUAGACAGUACAGACAGGCUAGUGUGACAAUUGGAGUGACACCACCUGCUGGAGAGUUACUGUAAGAAAGCUCCGCCAUGAGGAGAAGGCAUCUGAGGACAAGCCAUGUGGCUUGGAAGGUCGGUUCCUUGGUGUCAGGAAGUGAUAUUUGCUCGCGGGUGCUGUUGAUCAAACCUAACAGCCAAUUAGCUUGGAGCUGUGCGUGUUAGGACGGCCCUGUGUCCGGUUUAACAGGAGGAUUCUGGGACAAAGAAGGGGUGAGACUCUCUCGCCUCAGAGGGGAGUGGAGCAGGAGAUGCUGGCUCCCUGAGAUAGAUAGCUGAAUCUAGGCCUCUUUCUCUCUCUCUUCACCAAAUUCUUGUGCUCCUUAAUAAAUGCUUAAAAAAUCUAAAC